AUGCAGAGACCCAGCGGCCAGGGGACCGCCUUCUCUAUCGACUCGCUCAUCGGGACGCCACCGCCGCGCUCCGGGCACCUGCUCUACACCGGCUACCCCAUGUUCAUGCCGUACCGGCCGCUAGUGCUGCCGCAGGCGCUGUCCCACGCGCCCCUGCAGUCGGGGCUGCCGCCGCUGGCGCCGCUGGCCUCCUUCGCCGGCCGACUCACCAACACCUUCUGUGCCAGCCUGGGCCAGGCCGUGCCCUCCAUGGUGGCGCUCACCACGGCACUGCCCAGCUUCUCGGAGCCCCCCGACGGCUUCUACCCACCGCAGGAGCUGCCACCGCCGCGCACCAACCCCGACGCCGGCUGUCGGCGUGGCGCCGACGGCCUGGAGGCGGAGGAGCUGCCGCCGGGGCGCGACAAGGGGCCUCCCGAGCCCCCGCUGCACUUCCCGGACCCGUUUCCCGGCCUGGCAGCGGGCGCUGAUGCUGUGUGCCCUGCAGAUGGGAAGGCGUACAGCUCAGACGAGGAGAAGCUGGAGGUGAAGUCAGCGGCGACGCCUUGCAGCGAGCGGGAGGAGGAGAGCUCGGCGGGCGACAGCGAGGACGAGCCCUUCCUGGACGGCGCAACCGGCGGCGCGCUGGGCACCAAGGGCAAGGGCAAGGGCGGCCCUGCGGCCGAGCAAGCGCCGCCGGGCUCCGGGGCCGGCAAGAGCCGGCGGCGGCGCACGGCCUUCACGAGCGAGCAGCUGCUGGAGCUGGAGAAGGAGUUUCACUGCAAGAAGUACCUGAGCCUCACGGAGCGCUCCCAGAUCGCACAUGCCCUGAAGCUCAGUGAGGUUCAGGUGAAGAUCUGGUUCCAGAACCGCCGUGCCAAGUGGAAACGCAUCAAGGCAGGCAACGUGAGCAACCGCUCAGGCGAGCCCGUCCGCAACCCCAAGAUCGUGGUGCCCAUCCCGGUGCACGUCAACCGCUUUGCCGUGCGCAGCCAGCACCAGCAGAUCGAGCAGGGCACCCGGCCCUGA